AUGGUGCAUUUAUCAUUUGCUCGAUAUGCUUCGAUCGGUUUCCUUGGAUUGGGAAAUAUGGGUAAACAUAUGGCAACGAAUUUGAUUGCGGCAAAUCAUCAAGUUAAAAUCUUCGAUGUAAACCCUCAAGCACUUGACCAUUUUAAAGAUCAAAAACAAGCAAAAGUUGUAUCUGUUCCACAGAAUGCUGUUGAAGGUUCGGAAUUUAUUGUUUUAAUGUUACCCAAUGGUAAAGUUGUUCGUGAUGUUUGUCAAUCGAAUGUUUUUCCAGUAGCAAAGAAAGGUACAUGUAUCAUUGAUUGUAGUACAAUUGAUGUACGUACAUCGAAAGAAAUGGCAGAAGUUGCUCACAGUAAAAAUAUCGGCUUCGUCGAUGCGCCUGUUUCGGGCGGUAUAACCGGUGCUCAGAAAGGUACAUUAACAUUUAUGGUUGGUGCUCAAGUCGAUGAUUUUAAAAAAGUUGAACCUAUUCUCAGUAAAAUGGGUAAAAACAUUGUUCAUGCCGGUCCAAAUGGUAGUGGUUUAAUUGCUAAGAUCUGCAAUAAUCUACUCUUAGGUAUCAGUAUGAUUGGUACCUCGGAAGCAAUGAAUCUCGGUAUCAAACUCGGUCUUGAUCAAGAAGUUUUAGCAAAACUGAUCAAUUCUUCCACUGGUCAAUGUUGGUCAAGUCAAACAUACAAUCCAUGUCCCGGUAUUGUUCCCACUGUUCCAUCAAGUAACGAUUACAACGGUGGUUUCGCCAGUGAAAUGAUGAUUAAAGAUCUUUUACUUGCUCUUGGUAUACGCUUAUUACUUCUCAUUUCAUCAUCAUGCUUUCCUUUUCGAUUUUUAGAUGCAGCGAAGGAAGUUCAAGCAUCGACACCAUUAACUGAAAAGGCCACGGAUGUCUACCGUAAAAUCUGCUCAAGUGGAUUAAACAAACGUGAUUUCAGUGUUGUUUUUAAAUAUCUUAAUGAACAAUAG